AUGCCGAGCCUCCGCCGUCUGGAGAUCGUGCUGGGUGACUGGGAAGGCCAAGAUCCCCCACCAGGAUUCCAACAACCGAGCCGAGCCGAACAGUCCUUCCGAGAAGUAGAGAAAGCGCUCAUGGAUGGACCGCUCGCUGGCGGAGUGGAACACGUCACGUUCGUUGUGCCGAGGAAGAGCACGGCAGGCACUCCUUCAUUUUGGGCCGUCCGCCUUCGUGAAACAUUCCCGCGGCUGGAAGAGAAGGUGCUACUCAAGAUCUGGACAGAUCCAGGCCAGUGCACUGCUACACUACGGAAACCUAGCAAUGAAUUAAUCGACCCCACAGAUACGCUGAUCAGCACCAAUUGCCAUGUUAAGCAUGUGGAAGCUCUCACAUUCUCUAACACAGGCCAACACCUUGCCACUAUGGCCUUAGAUGAUGUCGCGCUUUGGGAUGUCAAGACCAACACCGCUGUAGCCCGAUUCAUGCGCAACGCUGAUGGCAGUCCAGGCUCUUCUACCGGACAGGAGAUCGCUUUCUCUCCCAACGCUUCUCGGUUAGCGGUAGUGGCCGGAUACAAGCACAUAACGCUCCAAGAUGUGAGCAGCGCGGAUAGUGCCGAUGUUUUGGAGCUACCUUGGCGGGAAAUUGGCACAGUCGUAUGCUGCCAGUGGUCUUUGGACGGUACAAAGCUGGCAGUAGGAUCGCGUUGGGGUAUCAUAUGCCUCUGGCAGGAUGCCGGGGCGUUCCGCGAUCGGCUUAUCUUGCGUCCUCCAGGUGCCGGAAGGAUCGUGUCCUUCAUCUCUUUCUCUUCUGACAACCGCCUACUUGUCGUGGUCCACAAAUCCCUCAAAGAUCAGAGUUGGCGUGUCUGGGAGGUUGCUACAGGCCAUUUAGUCCGUACUAUGGAGCCCCCUCAUGGGUGCGACAUACUCUCUGUUGCAUUCCAUCUCAAACCCACCACCUGGCUACUAGCUGCAGCGAUAUGA